AUGGUGAAAGCUUCUGAUGACAAUUUUGAACCUGUCUCAAAUCAGUUUUUAAAGGAUUGGGAACAAGGAUGUAAGUCAUUUGUGAGAAGGCAAAUCCAUCCAGCUGCAAAGUCUGGAAGUCCUUCAAAAAAUAAUGCUGUUACUCUUUUCUGA